CUAUUCAAUGGAUCCGGAAGGUGCUAACGCCUGGAGGGGUGUGCCUAUAAGUGAGAUUAUAGGCUCUCAAUCGCCGUGGGGAGCGCCGGAAUUUCCUUUAGUAACGCCGUCGCAUAACCAUACGGUUUUGUACCAUAUUCCUAGUAAUGGGGACAUAGGGGAUAGGCCCCUUAAGCCGCAGGUAGGACGGGACAAGUGGGACAGUGAGCAUGUCAGAAUGCCAUGCUCCAGUAAGAGUUUAUACCCUGUUGAAGAUUGUAAUGGUGAAACACAUUUAAAGAAGAGAUGGGAGAUGAUUGAGUGUGCAUUACGGAGACCAAUCUGCAACAGCACACAGUUAGCUGAUGCUAUCCUUAGCUAUAAUACCAAGUUCAAGACCAUUUGGAGGUUCUGUGCGCUUCAUACACUGUUUAAUGAACACUUAGAUGAAGAGGAGUCCCAGUAUUUUUUUACUGUGACAUUACCAGAGAUAGCAAAGCUAGCGUUGGAUCUACCUAAGUUGAUUCAGGCUCCUAUACCUUUGUUGAAACAAGAGAAGAACCAUUCCAUAUCACUCACACAGCUACAGAUUGCCAGCUUAUUGGCAAAUGCAUUUUUCUGUACAUUCCCUAGGAGAAACACUAGCAAACGCAACUCCGAAUAUGCGUCGUAUCCUAACAUCAAUUUUAGCACACUGUAUGAGUGCGCGGGUAACGACGAUGUAUUGGAGAAACUGAAGUGCAUUUGUCAUUACUUCAGACGUGUCUGCACUAAAGCGCCUCGCGGCGUGCUGACGUUCAGCCGGCGGGGCGCGGAGGCGCGGGCCGGCGCCCGCUGGCUGCACUGUGACGUCAGCUUGUGCUCGCUGCCGCUGCACGUCGACCCUACUGGCACCAUCGAGGACGCGCACGGACUCAUACAGCUUGACUUCGCUAACAAGUACCUAGGCGGAGGCGUGCUUGGGCACGGGUGUGUUCAGGAAGAGAUCCGAUUCGUAAUAUGUCCGGAGUUAAUGGUCUCCAUGCUGUUCACCGAGGUCCUGCGGCCGAAUGAGGCGCUCAUGAUGAUAGGUGGCGAGCGCUACAGCAAGUACGAAGGGUACAGUCGGUCGUUCCGGUGGGCCGGCGACUACCGCGAGUCCGCGCCGCGCGAUUCUGCCGGCCGGCGCCGCGUGGCCGUGCUGGCGGUCGACGCCGUCCCAUACAGCCACAGGGAGCACCAGUACCGCCGGGACAUGAUCACCAGGGAGCUCAAUAAGGCAUGGGUGGGUUUCUCAUUCUAUACGGAUGACCAGCCAGGGCUGCAGUACCCGGGCGUAGCCACAGGCAACUGGGGCUGCGGCGCGUUCGGGGGCUCCCCACAGCUGAAGAGUCUCAUACAGAUGAUGGCCUGCGCCUGCGCGAGGCGACCCAUUGCGUAUUACACCUUCGGAGACACUGAGCUGAGAGACGAAGUCAUUAAUGUGUACAAUAUGCUGUGUCGAUGUAAUGUUACUGUUGGUCAACUGUAUAAAUACAUGAUGCGUUUCUCGACGACAGACGUUCGGCGCGCGCACUUGCAUUCAUUCCUACAACAAGUACUUAUUGACGAAAGAAAAAGCAAAAGGAGUGUAUCCCCGGAUCAAAUGGAUGUUAGUAUAACGUCAGAUAAGGAUCAGAGUGCGGAAACAAAUCAAAAGGAGCUCAACGAUUCACCUGAUCUAUUCUCACAAGACGACGAUUUAAGCCAGAAUGAAUCAAACUUACAGACACAUAAACAAACAGACAACAAACAGAACAAAUGUAACACUCCCAACGAAGAUAAAAUGGCCGACACCAAGCACAAAAUGGCGCCGCAUACUGCGAGGUUAUUCGACGAACUGCAAAAACUCGACGACGACAGCAAAUCGAAAUCAAAUUCUACAUCGACACCGCACACGUCACGACAUUUUUCCAAUCAACAAGGCAAUGACGAUAGAAUGACAUUUUCGGAAAACAAAAUGGACGACAGUGAAACCAAUAUGACCUCGAGUAGUUACAGAAAAGUUUCAAGCAGUGAAAAGGUUUGUAAAACAGACACCAUGAAGGCGAACACGUCGCGUUUGUUUGAAGAAAUGGAGAAGUUCGACGAAGAGCACGGUAGGUUAAAUUUGUCUGUAUGCCAUACAUCACCAAUUAGUCACAGUAGAAAUGUAACUCACGAUUCUGACAGUGACAGGUCAGAAAUAUCGACAGAUGUCAAAAAGAAACUUGCUAAGAAAAUAACGGACUAUUUUAGUAAGAAAUCCACUUGAUGAACUUGUACAUAUUAUGGGUUAAAUAAAAUAAUAAGUUAUUUUAAA